GCCCCAAGGGCUGGGCAGAUCGUGGUGGUGAUCCCAGCAGAGCCUCUGGCACUAAUGGUGAUGCCGCAUCUGCUGUCUUCCCAGGUGGAGUCAGACCUGCACAAGAAACAUGUGGUAGAGGCUUGGGGAGAUCAGGUGCAGCAGAAAUCCAAGAGAGAAGCAACUGAGCUUGAAGAGAAAAAGCAUUACGAAAAUGAGUAUGGAACUGCACGAAGGGAAGCGCUGGAAAGAAUGAGACAGGAGGAAGAGAAGCGGCGGCAGAAGGAGAAGAAGCAAGCAGAGAUGUUGCUGCAACAAAUAGAAGAACUGAAGUUACAGGAGAGGGAGGCAACAAAGCUGAAAAAGGAACAAGAGAAUUUAUUAAAGCAGCAGUGGGAGCUGGAGAGCUUGGAAGAAGGAAGGAAACAAAUGGAAGAGCACAGGAAGAAGAGAGAGCUCGGUCGCUUUUUGAGGCACCAGUGCAAUGCCCAGUUACAGAGACGAGCUCAGCAGAUACAAGAGGAGCUGGAGAUAGACAGGCAAAUCCUAUCAGCCCUCCUCGAGAAAGAAGAUGAGGAGCAGCGCCGCCAGUCAGUGCGACGGGAACGGGCUGUGGCAGAUGCUGCCUGGAUGAAACGUGUCAUUGAGGAGCAGCUCCAGUUAGAAAAGGAGAGGGAAGCAGAGCUGCAGACUAUUUUCAGAGAAGAAGCUAGAAAGAUGUGGGAGAAGAGGGAAGAAGAAUGGCAAAGAGAGAAGGCAGCCAGAGAUCACCUGAUGAAUGAGGUCCUCGCAGGCAGACAGCGCCAGAUCCAGGAGAAGAUGGAGUUAAACAGACGAGCCCAAGAAGAGUCCAUAAGGUAUCGAGAGCAGCUGAUUAAAGAACUUGAAGAGGCCAAAGAGCUGACUCGUCGAGAGAAGGAGCAGGAGGAGGAACUGAAGACAGCACGGAGGCAGGAGCUGGAGGCACAGCUGACAGAACGGCGCUUGCAAGAGCAGGAGGAGCAGCAGAACCAGAGAGAGGAGGAAGAGGAGGAGAGAUCAGCCCAGCAGCAUUGCCAGGAGCUGGUGCAGCAGGAGGCCAAGCGCAUGGCGGAGCAGGGCUAUCGCCCCAGGGUCUACAGUUACCCCAAAACAGCGUGGACCUGAGGAUUCUUGUCCUUUGCACCUGAGGAACAGGCACCAAAUGUGACUGCAAACUACAGAAAGAAAACUUGGAAGAAUCAAGGAACUUCCGAAACUGGGGGGGGGGGGGGGGCUUUGG